GUGUGAACUCGGAUAUAGUGGCAGCGGUGCGGUUUGUGCCCUGUGUGAACUCGGAUAUAGAGGCAGCGGUGCGGUUCAUGCCGUGUGAACUCGGAUAUAGUGGCAGCGUUGCGGUUCAUGCCCUGACAUGUCCUCCCCCUUUAUCCGGCUGCUGAGAGACAAGGGGCGGGGGAGGGAGGGGAGAGGCACGAUACAGGGGAAACAUAUCUGUGGAAACGAAACUCAGUACCAAGUGAUCUGAGAAGUCUCCGGAGAGAAGGAGCAGGCUGAGACCAGGUUUUCCAAUUUCUAAACAAUUACAAUGACAACACCCGAAGGAAAACAUUCACAAAAGAAGCAGCAGACACCUGCUGUAGACAAACCUCAAAGCAACAUAUCGGCACCUUAUGAAAGAAACGGACUGGAAAAGCCCGAAAAGCCACACACUGCCAGUGAACCACCUAAAGAAGUCAACAAACAAGGUGCUCAUCCAACAUCAAGAAGCGCAGAAGGGUCCUCAAAUGUUGCGAGAAGAACUGCCAGAAACAAAAAGUAUACAGCAACUUCAAAAGAAUCUGGGGCUCUCCGUCCAGUCCUUGAUAUCCCUAAAAGACAAGCCUCCAGGACAUCUGCACACUUCUUUCAAGAUCAUCUUUCUCAAGAAGAUAUUGAUAAAAUAGAACAAGAAACCCGUGGACAGAGCGACAAUACGGAAUGGUAUUACUGGCGUCAGAACCGCAUUACUGCUUCUUUGGCGCAUCAAAUAUCCCACAGUAGAUUUUCCAAUCAAAAGACCAAGGAUAUUCCACAGUCCUAUCUAAAAGCUAUACUGGGUUCAGCACCCAGUGUCCAAACUGCUGCCAUGAACUGGGGCAUCAGGAAUGAGAAAAAAGCUGUGAAUGCUUAUGAGAGACUGGCACCAGUCCAUAAAGGAAAAGACGUGCAAGUGGAAUCAUGUGGUUUAUUCAUCCAUCCAACCAAAAACUGGUUGGCAGCAAGUCCUGAUGGGCUAGUGAAAGACAGGCACACAGGAGAGACCCUAAAUAUUUUAGAAGUAAAGUGCCCAUAUAAACAUAGGGAGCGCACAAUACGUGAAGCUUGCAAAGACCGUGAUUUCUGCUUGGCUUUGAGUGAAGAUUCUUAUACCCUGAAGCGACAGCAUACCUACCAUACCCAGGUACAGUGCCAGAUGGCAGUUACAGGCAUAAGCGAUGCAGACUUUGUUGUCCACACUAACAAAGAGACUGCAGUUGUCCCUGUUAAAUUUGACGUAGAGUUUUGGAAAGACGUAGAACCAAAGCUGAAAAGAUUCUAUAUGGAGGCUGUAUUGCCUAACAUAAAACAGGGGGGCCCUGACAAAGUACAUGAGCAGAAUAAGGCUGUGUACACCCCAGAGGAAUAAGGAAGGGACUCAAGACCUGCAGUGUGGGCAGGACUGCCUAACUAAUCAGUCAGACCAUAAACUACAGGAGCUGAAUCUCAUAACCAUGCUGAAGCACUGGACAUUGGCAAUUGCUGGAAUAGUGAGUAGAUUGAGCAGUGGCUCAUCUCAUUGUGUGUGCAAGUGGAAACCCCCAUAUUCUAAUGCUAGACAAAUGGAAAACUCUGAUUUAUGUCUUUAAAUGGAAUUAUGUUAAAAUAAAAUACUUUAG